AUGGAAAACAUAGCUCUUUCUGAUUCUAAUGAUGAACUAGCUGAUGAUACUAUUGGAGAUAAUGAUCUAUCUCAAGGACCUCCGAGAAUGCUAACGGAACAACUUGUUACAUCUGAACUACAAGAUGCAGCUAAUACCGAUGUUACAAAAGCUUCAUUUACAAGUGCGGUCAAUACUCCAUUUAAACCUCUUUUCCCAGCUCCAACUAGUGUAACUCGAAGUCCAUCAACUGGUUCACCAUUGUUGUUCCAACAAAGAGCAAAUAACAUUCCGACAUUAAAUCCACUUUUUCAAUCACCAAUAUCAACUUCACAAUUUUCAUCACCACUGCUUCAACCUUCGCUGCGCCCGCCAAUGGUGUCAAAUCCAUUUGAGUCGCCACCAUCGGCAUUCACCCCAUUAAAUCCUGCGAAUACUCAACAAUCCUUAUCAUCAUUAAUUCAACCUAAAUUAACAAUUGGAAAUCAGCCGAUGCCAUCAGUAUCACUAUCACAAUCAAUCCCAUUUCCAAUGCCUACAACACAAGGUAUAGAAACAACAAAUAUUCCACCACCUAUGAUGGUAGCGCUUACAACACAAGAUAUUCCAAAAGCACAGAAUACUUCGCAGUUUGUUCCCGCUUUUCCUCUUCCACCCGGUUCAGCUCCUUCUACAGCAAUGAAAGAACCGAAUUUUGCAAUGCCUCCACCUUCUCAACAAUUUGGCACUACAGCACAAGUAAAUCCGUAUUCUGCUCGUGCUUCAUUGACAGAACGUAUCUAUCCAAGUAUGCCUACAUCACAAGCUCCUUUACAACCACAACAAUUACCUCCACCAGUUAGUUUUCAACCACAACAAUUACCUGCACCAGUUAGUUUUCAACAACAAAAUAUACCGCCACCAUCUAGUAAUGUGUUUGUUCCACCACCGGCUGUAGUUAGUUCAGCUAUACCCAAUGCUUUUCCAGGACUUGAUACAAAUAUUUACAAUCCUUCGUAUCAAUCACCAGGCGAACCUAAUCCAACGCCGUGGACAAAUUAUCCAACAUCUACAUUUGAUCAGCAACAAAAUGAUCCGAUGUCUCCAGCACAUCCUAGUGGCGUUUGGGGUUGGAUUAGUAAUAAUAAAAUGUUGGCUACAGUGGUCGAGAAAGCUAGGACUGGUCUUGAAACGGUUAUAACAACAGUGGAUCCUCAAAUGAAGCAGUAUAUUCAACCAGGACAUGAAAUUAAUAUUGUAGUAACAUCAGCUAAAGAUAUUAAGCUCACACCUGUACGUGAUGCAUUUACACAAGUCUUUGGCAGAGUAAUAACUCAAGGCAUUGGUGUUCAAUCAAAUGUUGCUCCUCAACCAGUUGGGUUUGAAGCUGGUUUCAAAGGUGCUCAACAGCGUAUUGAAAAUCUUCGUCGUCAAAAUGUAGUUCGACCUGAUCAAUGUGUUGUCUCCAUUGAAAAUUUUAUUGCUGAACUUGUUCCAGAUAUGUAUUUUGAUCUUGGUUAUGUUCUUUUAUCUGAUCCAUUAAAUUCUAUUGAAUUACAUCUAUUUACUCAAGCUAUCCCCAUACCUAUUGAAUAUGUUUAUCAGGCACGAGAUCGUACACCAGCUGAUUAUCCAUUAAAAUGGAGUGGUUAUAUGGUAACGAUUGGAGAAAUUCUUCACUCUCAAUUACCAUUUGUUAAUCCAGAAGAUUGGCAUGAAAUGAUGAGUGGCACAUCAAGACGAGAUAUUAUAUAUGCAACAUGUAAAUCUCUUGCAUAUAUGUAUAAACAAAGACUUAAUCGAAAACAAUAA